UACUAAAUUGAAUUAACCUGGAGUUUGCAGGCCAGAAAGUAGAGAUAAGAUAUUUUUUUUGGAAUGAGGAGGGCUUUGCCCCUGUAAUAGUUGUUGAACAGCCUGGCUUAUGGAGGGUGAUCGGGAACUGAUUUGGAGAGAUACUGGAGGCCAUGGUCACAAAAACCUGCCGUUGCCAUGGCAGUCUUGGCAUUCCCACCCUUCCAGAUCCCUUCGGUUCCUCCCUCUCCCUACUGCACCACAGCAUUUGCCCCAUACAUCCUAAAUCUUACUCCUCUUGUGCUUCCCUCUCUCUUUCUGCCACUUCUCUGCCUAAGGCCCUGCUCCAUCCCAUCCCCCAUUCUUCUGUAGGAGAAAAGAGGGUACCUAAGCCAGAGACUUAAGUUCUCUGAGUGUGUGUUGCUCUUCUCCACUUCUCACUAAGUUUUGAGUGGGACUGUUUUCUUCUAUGUAUCUCUCACUAUUUGGCGAGAUGUUUUGCACAUUGGGGUGCCUCAGUGGAAUUGCGUUGAAUGAAUGUGUUAACUGAAUGAGCUUCAGGGCCAAGAAACCAAUGGCUUCUGAGAAAUGCUGCACAGCCUCCUACCUACACCUUCUCUAGAGACAUAAGACAUUUGGGAUGGUACUGUGGGGGAGAGCUGUGGGGCAGGCUGACCUAGGAAAUGUCCUGUGAGGAUAAAACCAACAGAGAAUAGUACAGAGGCAUUAUAGAAGAGUGGUAAGAAUAAGGCUCUGGAAAGAAGCCUAGCUCUUACUCUCUCUUGUGGAAUGACCUUGACAGAGUUAUAUAACCUCUCUGAGCCUCAAUUACCUCAUCUGUAAAAUGGGGUAGUACUAGGUCAGGUUCUGGAGAGGAGUUUUUUAAAAUGUAUAUAAAGUGCUUAACACAGUACCUGGCAUGUUAUAAGUAUUCACUAAAUGCUAGCAAUUACCAUCACAAUGGGAGCCACAGGGAGCUGUGAGGAUAAGUGAGGAUGCUGAGGAAUAGGACAGAACUUAAAUGAAGGCACCCAGACCUCCAAAUGCUUGACUCAAACAGAAGGAUCACUGAUCCAGUAAGACAUCAGGAUUCAGGGGAGUGGGGCGAGGAGUCUGCCGGGUCAGCCUGCUCCAGUGUUUCCCUGACUCUGUUCAGGAACAUGAAGGCAAACACAGAAGGGCAUGUGCAGAGAGACACACGUGAUCACGGCAAGUGAUGCAGAGGCAGUCCCAGACAAAAGACCGAGACAGGAGCCAGGCAGACACACAGACAGAGACAGCCCCUCGGAGUCGUGUAGACAGGCAUAAUGACAGGAACGCAUCAGACACAGGCACUGAUGGAGACAAGAUGAGCAGAUAUGCAGGUGCACACGGAGACAGACACCGGGACUCAUACACAGCCGACCUUGUCAGAGAGACUGGUGAACACAGCGGUCCAGUCAGAGGCAGACACAAGGCUCGCAGUGACACAUAGCGGGCCAGGGCCGGCACUGUCACUUCUCGGUGGGGGGCGGGGAGGGGCCAGCAGCGAGGGAAGGCUGGGGAAGGGAAUCCCGAGCGGGCGGCCUGCCCGGGGUGGCUGAGUCAGAGCGGAGCCCCAGCCGGCGGCCCUCCCCUACGCCUCCCCCUCCCCCAGGUAAGAAGCGAGCUGUAACCCCUCGCUUCCACCAGGCAGAACGGAGCCUGACAGGGAGCGGGACGCGGCGGGGUUCCGGGCCGGCCCCACCUCCUCGCGCGUGCCGCGUGCCUGCUAACUCCCUGCUCGGUAAUACCCUAAUUGCGGGGUCUUGUCUUUGGCCGGCACGUGAAUCUGCGUGCUCACGUCUGGACCCUCAUCCCGCGCGGCGGGAGCGGUGUGCGGAGGGGCUCCUCCGGCCUGGAGCCCAGAGAGAGUUAAGUGGGUGUGUUUGAUAGAGUGGGUCCCUCUCGGGGCGCUAGGGGGAGGGGGCCGGUUAAAGUCCCCGAGUCCAGAGCCCGGAUGGAGGGGGCGGAGCUGGGCUUAGCCGGGAGUGCCCGGAUGGAGAGGGCGUGGCCUCGGCAGGAGAAGAAUUAACCCUUUCUGAGCGGCUGACUCCCAGUACUGUGGGUCCGACUGGAGAGGCUGGAAUGCCUGCCCCAGAAGUAUACCGUCCUCUUUGGCCGUGUGCGUCUACCUCUCAUCUGUCUUUGAGGAGUCUCUGGGUGUCUGUCUUUGUGCCUGCCGGUGAUUGUCCCCUCCCCUGGGUUAGUACGGACGCCAAGAGUCGGGGAGGGCUAUUCCUGCCCCAAAGCGAGAGUGGAGGUGAGAGUGGACCGCGAGCCGGCUGCUGGCGCCUGGGGAACAGGUGUGACCGCGGCGUCGGGGCUGCCCGGCGCGGGGAGGGGCCGUCAUGGGGGAAGACGAGAGGGGAAAUUCCGCGGGACCGGUGGGGAGCGGUGUGUGGGCUGAGUUGUGUCUGCCUCUGACUGUGUGUGUCUGUGUGUGUUCAGGGAGGCGGGGGCUGAGUCAGUGGGAAUAGGGGAAGGUUUUCUGGGUGACUCAUGCUCCCCCACCCCAAGCCUGAAUCAGACCCCGAGGGAGGGCUUUGUACAGGAGGCGGAUGGGAAGUCAGGCGCCUGGGUCCCUGGUGGGGACAAGGAUCCGAGGUGGUUGGCGAGAGUGAGUGUGUGUUUAGUGUACAGGAAGUUUUUGUUCUCAAGUGAGGGCUGCUGUAUUCCGAGUACCGGCGUAGGGGUUUGUGGAUAGAGGUGGAAAGGGGCUGGCCGACGGGACUCGCUGUUUUAGGGAAAGCUGAGUCAGUUCCCCGUGGGAAAGGGGAAGUGGUAGAGGGGAAGUGUCAUCAUCGCAGAAGGGGAAGCUGCAUUUCCUGGUAACUGGCAGCGCCCUCGGCACCACUUCCCAAUCGGGGAUCUGUUCCUCUGAUGUCUGGACCCCGGGUUCCCCGUUUUCCCAUGUCUGGUCCAUGGGUCCCGGGACUUAGGUGGGGGCAACCGGCCAGGGCUAUGCUUGACCGCAGUUAAGCGCUGUGCUUGGCCCAGGGCUCGGUAACUGACAUAAAGGCUGUAUGGUGAGGAGAGAGAGUUCUGACCGAAACUCCGCGUGAACCGCGGAGAGGGUCCGCAGAGCCCAAGCGCCUACUAGGGCUCGCCGGGGAGUGGCACGCCGGGACCUGUAGGGUCCAAGCGCUUGCGUGCAAACAGACGACCUUGCCCUGCAGAUCGAGGACUGUUUUCACCAGAAACCCGAAUGCCCUUGUGGGCUGGGUGGAAAUUUCCCCACAGCUCAGACUUCUCUCGGCGAAGGCGAACUUUCCAGCCGCCCCCAGCCCCUCGUCGCGCGUUCUCCCCCGGCUUCCUGCCCGGCGCUAGCUCCAGCUGGAGCGCUGGCCCCGCCCCCGCCGCUUUGUACUCUACACUCGCCUCUCGCAGCUCUUUGUACUCUAGACUCUCAAUGGACCGAUCCCGGGAGCGGAGCCGGCUUCCUACCUGCGGGGACGCGGGGUAGGCGAGCAGGACGCGCGGGGACCGAGAUCCUGGGCUCAGAGAGGCGAGAAGGAAGAACUGGGGCUAAAGGGAAGGUGCCCAGGAAGGGGAGCGCUGCUCCCGUCGUGGGUCGAGCCAGCACCGACGGGAAGGGGUUGGGGGGGGUGAAGGAGGAAGUGAAACGGGUUCUGGGUUCUUUAAGGGAGUGGGCGGUGAGAGUGGGACAAGGGUGAUGUCACCGCCGGGCGGGCCCCGCCCUCCUCCUUCCUCCCUCCUUCCUCCCUCCCGAAGGACCCCCCCCCCGUACUCUUACACACGCCGCUUCCGCUGCGCAAGUAGCCACGUCACGGGCAACCCCCGAAAUCCCCCCUCCCUUGGGGGGCGGGGGCCACGUGGGCCGUGGGGAGCCGCGUGGCCCCGGCGGGGAAGGGCAUAGAGGAUAACGGGAGCCACGCGAGAGGGGCCACUCGGGACCGCUGUGCGCGACUUCUCAGAAGUUGGGGGAUUAGAGGACGGUUUUGGUUUUGGGGGUCGGUUGGUAUUGAAGGCCUACAGAACCAGGAGAAGUGGAGGAGCUGAAGGAACUGGGCUGUUACUGAGGCGGAGACACGGGUGAUGAUUGGUUUUCUGGGGAGAGAGGAAGUCCUGUGAUUGGUCAGGUCUCCGGAGCUCGCCGACGCCGGGAGAGAAAGCUCCCACGGAGGCCGGAAUUGGCUGUGAAAGGCCCUGGGCGACCAUCUGGGGGCAGUGGGCACUCCUGUCAGAGCGGCUGGAGCCGGACCAUCGCCCCAAGGAGCUGGGGCAGGGGGCCGUGCCCGAUCUCUGGGGCCACUGCUGACCUGGCUGGAUGCAUCGGGCAGUGGACCCUGCAGGGGCCCGCGCUGCACGGGAAGCCUUUGCCCUUGGGGGCUUGAGCUGUGCUGGGGCCUGGAGCUCCUGCCCGCCCCAUCCCCCUCCUCGGAGCGCAUGGCUGCCUGGAGGCAGGUGCUCUGCCAGCAUCGGGCAGCCCCCACUCCCUGCUCCCCUACCUCCUUCACACGGCAGUAGCUCUGGCCACCCCAACAAACCGUAUUAUGCUCCAGGGACACCCACCCCAAGACCCCUCCAUGGGAAGCUGGAAUCCCUGCAUGGCUGUGUGCAGGCAUUGCUCCGGGAGCCGGCCCAGCCGGGGCUGUGGGAGCAGCUUGGGCAGCUGUACGAGUCAGAGCACGACAGUGAGGAGGCUGUACGCUGCUACCACAGCGCCCUUCGAUACGGAGGAAGCUUGGCUGAGCUGGGGCCCCGCGUCGGCCGACUACAGCAGGCCCAGCUUUGGAACUUUCAUGCCGCCUCCUGCCAGCACCGACCCAAGGUUCUGCCUCCCCUGGAGCAAGUGUGGAACUUGUUGCACCUUGAGCACAAACGGAACUAUGGGGCCAAGCGGGGGGGUCCCCCGGUGAAGCGAGCCGCCGAACCCCCGGUGGUGCAGCCUAUGCCUCCUGCAGCACUCUCAGGCCCCUCGGGGGAGGAGGGCCUCAGCCCUGGAGGCAAACGCAGGAGAGGCUGCAACUCUGAGCAGACUGGCCUUCCCCCAGGGCUGCCGCUGCCUCCGCCACCAUUACCCCCAGCCCCACCCCCGCCUGGCCUAGCCACCAGCCCUCCAUUCCAGCUGACCAAGCCAGGGCUGUGGAGUACCCCGCAUGGAGAUGCAUGGGGCCCCGAGCGCAAGGGUUCAGCACCCCCAGAGCGCCAGGAGCAGCGGCACUCGCUGCCUCACCCAUAUCCAUACCCAGCUCCGGCCUACCCUGUGCACCCCCCCGGCCACCGGCUGGUCCCGGCUGCACCCCCAGGCCCCCGCCCCCCAGGAGCAGAGAGCCAUGGCUGCCCGCCUGCCACCCGUCCCCCUGGAAGUGACCUUAGAGAGAGCAGAGUUCAGAGGUCGCGGAUGGACUCCAGCGUUUCACCAGCAGCAACCACCGCCUGCGUGCCUUACGCCCCUUCCCGGCCCCCUGGCCCCCCCGGCACCACCACCAGCAGCAGUAGCAGCAGCAGCAACCCUGGUCUCCGGGGCGUGGAGCCGAGCCCAGGCAUUCCCGGUGCUGACCAUUACCAAACUCCCGCGCUGGAGGUCUCCUCUCACCAAGGCCGCCUUGGGCCCUCAGCACACAGUAGUCGGAAACCAUUCCUGGCGGCUCCCGCUGCCACUCCCCACCUGUCCUUGCCACCCGGCCCCUCCUCACCUCCUCCUCCCCCUUGUCCCCGCCUCUUACGCCCUCCACCCCCCCCUGCCUGGCUGAAGGGCCCAGCCUGCCGAGCAGCCCGUGAGGAUGGAGAGAUCUUAGACGAGCUCUUCUUCGGGGCUGAGGGACGCCCCCGCCCUCCCCCGCCACCCCUCCCCCACCGCGAGGGCUUCUUGGGACCUCCGGCCCCCCGCUUUUCUGUGGGCACUCAGGAUUCGCACACCCCUCCCGCUCCCCCAACCACCAGCAGCAGCAACAGUGGCAGCCACAGCAGCAGCCCUACUGGGCCUGUGUCCUUCCCUACACCUUCCUAUUUGGCCAGAAGUAUGGACCCCCUUCCCCGCCCCCCCAGCCCAACAUUGAGCCCCCAGGACCCACCUCUUGCACCCCUGACUCUUGCCCUGCCUCCAGCCCCUCCCUCCUCUUGCCACCAGAAUACCUCAGGAAGCUUCAGGCACCCGGAGAGCCCUCGGCCCAGGGUCUCCUUCCCAAAGACCCCCGAGGGGGGGCCGGGGCCAUCCCCAGGCCCCCUGAAUAAAGCCCCCCAGCCUGUGCCGCCCAGGGUUGGGGAGCUGCCUGCCCGAGGCCCUCGACUCUUUGACUUCCCCCCUACCCCACUGGAGGACCAGUUUGAGGAGCCAGCUGAAUUCAAGAUCCUACCUGAUGGGCUGGCCAACAUCAUGAAGAUGCUGGAUGAAUCCAUUCGCAAGGAGGAGGAGCAGCAACGACACGAGGCAGGCGUGGUCCCCCCGCCUCCUCUGAAGGAGCCCUUUACAUCUCUGCAGCCUCCAUUCCCCACUGACACAGCCCCAGCCACCACUGCUGCCACCGCCGCCACCACCCCGGCCACCCAGGAAGAGGAGAAGAAGCCACCACCAGCCCUGCCACCACCGCCGCCUCUAGCCAAGUUCCCGCCACCACCCCAGCCACCGCCAACUGCGCGAGCCCCACCAGCCAGCCCGGCCAACCUGCUCAAGUCCUUGGCUUCCGUGCUGGAAGGACAAAAGUACUGUUACCGGGGGACUGGAGCAGCUGUUCCCACCCGGCCUGGGCCCUUGCCCACCACUCAGUAUUCCCCCGGUUCCUCUUCAGGUGCUACCGCCCCACCGCCCACCUCCGCGGCCCCGAGCGCCCAGGGCUCCCCACAGCCCUCCGCUUCCUCGUCAUCUCAGUUCUCUACCUCAGGCGGGCCCUGGGCCCGGGAGCGCAGGGCGGGCGAAGAGCCAGCCCCGGGCCCCAUGACCCCCGCACCCCCGCCCCCACCCCUGCCGCUGCCCCCUGCUCGUUCUGAGUCUGAGGUGCUAGAAGAGAUAAGUCGGGCCUGUGAGACCCUUGUGGAGCGGGUGGGCCGGAGCACCGCAGACCCGGCCGACCCAGUGGACACGGCAGAUCGAGCGGACAGCGGGACUGAGCGACUGCAGCCCCCAGCUCAGGCCAAGGAGGAGAGCGGUGGGGUGGCGGCCGCAGCACGACCAGGGAGCAGCAAGAGGCGGCAGAAGGAGCACCGGCGGCACCGGCGGGCCUGUAAGGACAGUGUGGGUCGGCGGCCCCGGGAGGGCAGGGCCAAGGCCAAGGCCAAGGCCCCCAAAGAAAAGAGCCGCCGAGUGCUGGGGAACCUGGACCUGCAGAGCGAGGAGAUCCAGGGUCGUGAGAAGGCCCGGCCGGAUCUGGGCGGGGCCUCCAAGGCCAAGCCGCCCGUAGCUCCGGGCCCUCCGCCAGCUCCUGCACCCUCUGUCCAGCCCACACCCCCGGCAGCCCCUGUCCCUGGGAAGAAGGCUCGGGAGGAAGCUCCGGGGCCACUGGGUGUCAGCCGGGCUGACAUGCUGAAGCUGCGCUCACUUAGUGAAGGGCCCCCCAAGGAGCUGAAGAUCCGGCUCAUCAAAGUAGAAAGUGGUGACAAGGAGACCUUCAUUGCCUCGGAGGUGGAAGAGCGGAGGCUGCGGAUGGCAGACCUCACCAUCAGCCACUGUGCUGCCGACGUCGUGAGGGCCAGCAAGAAUGCCAAGGUGAAAGGGAAGUUUCGAGAGUCCUACCUUUCCCCUGCCCAGUCUGUGAAACCGAAGAUCAACUCGGAGGAGAAGCUGCCCCGGGAAAAACUGAACCCGCCCACACCCAGCAUCUAUCUGGAGAGUAAACGGGAUGCCUUCUCGCCGGUGCUGCUGCAGUUCUGUACAGACCCUCGAAAUCCCAUCACCGUGAUCCGGGGCCUGGCAGGCUCCCUGCGGCUCAACUUGGGCCUCUUCUCCACCAAGACGCUGGUGGAGGCCAGUGGUGAGCACACGGUGGAGGUGCGCACCCAGGUGCAGCAGCCCUCAGAUGAGAACUGGGACCUGACAGGCACGCGACAGAUCUGGCCCUGCGAGAGCUCCCGUUCCCACACCACCAUUGCCAAGUACGCGCAGUACCAGGCCUCAUCCUUCCAAGAGUCCCUGCAGGAGGAGAAGGAGAGUGAGGACGAGGAGUCCGAGGAGCCGGACAGCACCACGGGAACCCCUCCUAGCAGCGCACCGGAUCCGAAGAACCAUCACAUCAUCAAGUUUGGCACCAACAUCGACCUGUCCGAUGCCAAGCGGUGGAAGCCCCAGCUGCAGGAGCUGCUGAAGCUGCCCGCCUUCAUGCGGGUAACCUCCACGGGCAACAUGCUGAGCCACGUGGGCCACACCAUCCUGGGCAUGAACACAGUGCAGCUGUACAUGAAGGUCCCAGGCAGCCGAACGCCAGGCCAUCAGGAGAACAACAACUUCUGCUCGGUCAACAUCAACAUUGGCCCAGGAGACUGCGAGUGGUUCGCGGUGCACGAGCACUACUGGGAGACCAUCAGCGCUUUCUGCGACCGGCAUGGCGUGGACUACCUGACGGGUUCCUGGUGGCCAAUCCUGGAUGACCUCUAUGCUUCCAACAUCCCUGUGUACCGCUUCGUGCAGCGCCCCGGAGACCUUGUGUGGAUUAAUGCGGGGACCGUGCACUGGGUGCAGGCCACCGGCUGGUGCAACAACAUCGCCUGGAACGUGGGGCCCCUCACCGCCUAUCAGUACCAGCUGGCCCUGGAACGAUACGAGUGGAACGAGGUGAAGAACGUCAAAUCCAUCGUGCCCAUGAUUCACGUGUCCUGGAACGUGGCUCGCACGGUCAAAAUCAGCGACCCCGACUUGUUCAAGAUGAUCAAGUUCUGCCUCCUGCAGUCCAUGAAGCACUGCCAGGUGCAGCGGGAGAGCCUGGUGCGGGCCGGGAAGAAAAUCGCCUACCAGGGCCGGGUCAAGGACGAGCCCGCCUACUACUGCAACGAGUGCGACGUGGAGGUGUUCAACAUCUUGUUCGUGACGAGUGAGAACGGCAGCCGUAACACGUACCUGGUGCACUGCGAGGCUUGUGCGCGGCGCCGCAGCGCAGGCCUGCAGGGCGUGGUGGUGCUGGAGCAGUACCGCACGGAGGAGCUGGCGCAGGCCUACGACGCCUUCACGCUGGUGAGGGCCCGGCGGGGCGGGGACCCGAGGGGGCGCCGGGGAGGGCCGGGCCGGGGGUGGGCGAUCGCGCAUCCUGAGCUCCGCCUGCUCUCUCCCGCAGGCCCCGGCCAGCACGUCGCGAUGAGGCCGGACGCCCCGCCCGCCUGCCCGCCCGCAGGGCGCCGCGGGGCCACCAGCACACGCCUGGGCUGGACCUAGGUCCCGCCUCUGGCCGGGAAGGGGGUCGGGCCCAGCCCUUCCACCCCAUUGGCAGCUCCCCUCACCUAAUUUAUUAAGAAAAAGAAUUUUUUAAAAAACAAAUAUGAGGAAAAAAGGAAAAAAAAUGGGAGACGGGGAAGGGGGCUGGUAGCCCCUCGCCCACCAGCGCCUCCCCUCACCGACUUUGGCCUUUCUAGCAACAGACACAAGGACCAGGCUCCGGCGGCGGCGGGGGUCACAUACGGGUUCCCUCACGCCUGCCAGCCGCCCGCCCGGCGCAGAUGCACGCGGCUCGUGUAUGUACAUAGACGUUACGGCAGCCGAGGUUUUUAAUGAGAUUCUUUGUAUGGGCUUUACCCCUCCCCCAGAACCUCCUUUUUUACUUCCAGUGCUAGCUGUGACCCCUGUACAUGUCUCUUGUUUAUUCACUUGGUUAUGAUUUGUAUUUUCUGGGUUUUUUGUUUGUUUUGGUUUUUAAUUUAUAACAGUCCCACUCACCUCUAUUUAUUCAUUUUUGGGAAAACCCGACCUCCCGCACCCCCAAGCCAUCCCGCCCGCCCCUCCAGGGACCGCCCGCCGCCGGACCCUCCCUGCGCCCCAGUGUGUGUCCGGCCCCGGCCCGUCCGUCUCCGCCCGUCCGCCCGCCCGCGGCUCCAGCCGGGUUCUCAUGGUGCUCAAACCUGCUCCCCUCCCCUACGUCCUGCACUUUCUCGGACCAGUCCCCCACUCCCGACCCGACCCCAACCCCGCCUGAGGGUGAGCGACUCCUGUACUGUAGGGGAAGAAGUGGGAACUGAAAUGGUAUUUUGUAAAAAAAAAAAUAAUAAAUAAAUAAAAUAAAUUUUUAAAGUUUUAAAGAAAGAACUAUGAGGAAAAGGAGCCCCGUCCUUCCCAGCCCCGGCCAAUUUUAAAAACACGGACCUUCCCCUUACAACCCACCCCCCUUUUCUUUUUAAGCGUGAAACAGCCCAGGGCCAGGGCCUCACUGGGGCAGGGACACCCCGGGAUGAGUUUCUCUGGGGCUUUAUUUUCGUUUUGUCGUUUUUUUUUUUUCUCCUCCACGCUGGGGCUGCGGAGGGGUGGGGGGUUUACAGUCCUGCCCCCUCGCACUGCACUGUCUUUCUGCCCCAGGGGCAGAGGGGUCUUCCCAACCCUACCCUUAUUUUCGGUGAUUUUUGUGUGAGAAUAUUAAUAUUAAAAAUAAAAUCAGAAAAAAAAUUCUCUUUUCGAUAAGUGCUGGUGGUAAGCAGGGAGAACACUGGGAAGAGGGCGGCGAGACCGUGAUUGAUGGGGAGGGUAGCCCCUCCCCGGAGGCGCCUGUGGAAUGUCCAGAGCUCGGUUGCUCCUCGUUAUGGGGGGUGCCUAAUCCCGGAGCCGCAUU